GUACCGGACCAAGGGGCAGCUGGCCAACUUCCAGGAGAUGCUGGAGAACAUCUUCCUGCCCCUCUACGAGGCCACCGUGCACCCAGCCCAGCACCCCGAGCUGCACCUCUUCCUGGAGCACGUGGAUGGGUUUGACAGCGUGGAUGACGAGUCCAAGCCGGAGCAUCACAUCUUCAACCUGGACAGCCCCCUGCCCGGGAACUGGGUGGAGGAGGACAACCCGCCCUACUCCUACUACCUGUACUACAUGUACGCCAACAUGACCGUGCUCAACCACCUGCGCAGGAAGAGGGGCUUCCACACGUUCGUGCUGCGGCCGCACUGCGGCGAGGCCGGGCCCAUCCACCACCUGGUGUCGGGGUUCAUGGUGUCCGAGAACAUCUCCCACGGGCUCCUGCUGCGCAAGGUGAGCGGGGAGGGGGCGCUGGGGGGGCACACACACGCAGGGGACCCCCGGAAUGCCCAAGGGCCUGGAGUGUGUCCCCCCCAGCUGGCCCACGCCAUCCGCCUGCUGCUGGAGUACACGGAGACCCCCUACCAGGAGCGCCAGUACCGCUCUGGCCCAGCCCCCGAUUUUGACCAGAGCGACUGGACCAACGAGAAGGAGAAACUGGGGCUCGACUUCCCCAAUCUCCCGUAUCUCAUCGAUGGCCCCGUCAAGCUGACCCAGAGCAACGCGAUCCUGCGCUACAUCGCCCGCAAGCACAACAUGUGCGGCGAGACGGAGGAGGAGAAGCAGCGCGUGGAUGUGCUGGAAAACCAGCUCAUGGAUUUCAGGAUGGGCUUCAUCCGGCUCUGCUACAACCCCGACUUCGAGAAGCUGAAGGCGGGAUACCUGGAGCAGCUUCCCAAGAAGCUCCAGGAGUUCUCGCGCUACCUGGGCUCCCGCACCUGGUUCGCGGGGGACAAGCUGACCUUCGUGGACUUCCUGGCAUACGACAUGCUGGACCAGCACCGCAUGUUCGUGCCCAACAGCCCCGAAUUCCAGGGAAACCUGGGCAAGUUCCUGCAGCGCUUCGAGGCCCUGCCCAAGAUCUCCUCCUACAUGAAGACCCCACGCUUCAUGAAAACACCCAUUUUCUGGCGCACGGCCAAGUGGAGCAACACCAAGGAGUGAGGGGGGGACCCCCACAAACCCCCCCAAACUCACCCUGCGCCCCAACUCACCCUGUGCCCCUCAGCUCACCCUGUGCCCCCCAACU